AUGGGUACUGCUAGAUACCUCGGGAUAGAGCUUUCGAGCUCCAAUCUCUCUCUCUGCAGCCAUUGGGUCAUGGAAGGGAAAAAUGAGAUUCUAAUUCUAGAUCAUAACCAGAUCUCCCUGCUCAUCGCCAUGACGUCUGAUGUCGACACAUCGGCCAUCCCAGGCACCAUCACCCUGGUUGACCUGGAGCAUGUCCUGCACACCCGCCACCUCGACCGCGGCGAUAGGGACAUUGUCCUGGUGCCCACGCCGUCUGAUGACCCGGACGAUCCGCUGAACUGGUCGCCUAGACGGAAACUGCUGUCGACCAUAUGCGUGAGCGCAUAUACCCUCUUCACCGGCAUGGCCUGCUCCGUCGUGUACUCCGUGCUGGUCCCCUUGUCCGAGGAGACGGGCAUCCCCGUCGCCACGCUCAACCAGGGCACCGGGUACAUGUUCUUGCUGGCCGGCUGGAGUCUGCUGUUCUGGCAGCCGGUGGCCAUGCAGUAUGGGAAGCGACUGACCUAUCUGAUUUCGGUCUUGGGCGUGUUGGCAAUGACCAUGUGGGGUCCAUACGGCUUGACGGAGGGCCAGUGGAUUGCCCGUAACAUCCUCCUGGGCUUCUUCACCGCGCCCAUCGAGGCUCUCCCUGAAAUCACAGUCACGGAUGUGUACUUCACCCACGAACGCGGCACGUACAUGGGCCUGUACUCGUUCUUCCUGGCCGGGAGCAACUUCCUGGCGCCGGUGAUCUGCGGCUUCAUCGCCCAGUACCAGGGCUGGCGAUGGGUGUUUUACUACCCCAGCAUCUUCCUCGGCGGCUGUUUCGUCUUCCUGUUCUUCUUCAUGGAGGAGACCAACUACGACAGAAAGACGGUGGGCGUGGUCACCGAGUCGCCAGCAGCAUCCGAAAAGGACAACGCCGAAGACCCGGGGAAAGCGCCCCAGACCAGCGGCAACCCGCCAGUCGAGAGCUCCAGCCCAGUCACGUACAAUAAGAAAACCUACAUCCAGAAACUGUCCCUCCUGUCGACCAGGGAGAAGAACAACGUCUUCCGCCGGGCAUGGCACGCCUUGUACUUUGCCAGCUGGCCGGUGAUUUUCUAUUCUGGUUUCUCCUACGGGUCCUACCUGAUAUGGUUCAAUGUGCUCAACGGGACGGCGUCGAUUAUUCUGGGUUCUGCGCCGUACAACUUUAGCUCGUCGAUCGUCGGUCUCAGCUAUAUUGCUUGCUGUCUGGGCGUGGUUGCGGGCUCCCUCUUCACCGGCAACUUCAGCGACUGGCUCACCAUCCGGCUCGCCCGCCGCAACAACGGCGUCAUGGAAGCCGAGCACCGACUAUGGCCGUUCGCCUUCUGCGUGAUUGCGGUGCCCGGCGCGCUCAUCCUCUGGGGCGUCGGGGCAGCGCACCACGUACACUGGUUCGGGCUGAUCUUCGCCAUGUGGCUGCUGGCAUUCUGCAACACGUCCGGCAUCACGCUGAGCGUCAACUACAUGGUAGACAGCUACCGCGAGCUAAGCGGGGAUGCGAUGACGACGGUGAUAUUGGUGCGCAACACCAUGUCUUUUGCGAUUGGAUAUGGGAUUACCCCCUGGAUCGAAAACCUCGGCUACCAAAACUGCUUCAUCUCCGCCGCUUUCAUCGGCAUGGCCUGCUCGGCUGUCUUCCUCGUCAUGAUCAAGUUUGGCAAGUCGUUUCGCGUCAAGUCGCGCGAGAAGUACUGGAGGCUGGUGCUGGAGAAUCGGGAGAAGGGGAUGGGUCAUUGA